AUGGCCAGCAAUGGAGAAGGUUUCGAUUAUAGCGACGAGUACGAGCUGGAUGAGCCAUUCAGCGAUUCGGACGACGACCUUCGGCCUAAACAACCUCAAAAGCCGAAUCUCGUAAUACCUCGAGGCAGGAUCAGAACAUUGUCUGGCACUGUACCAGUUGUUGGUUAUUCUCCGAAAUGGGGUGGGCCGACGAUGUGUCUGAGCUGUUUGCAGUUUUUCGAUCUUCCUGAACAAAUGGAUAUGUUUGAAGACCAUCUUCUCAAAGAGCACAAGAUCGUAGUUUCUGAGAUGGGUCUCAUAGUUGACCCUAAGAGAUAUGUCGAGCAUUGGCGUCAACGUUUCGCCAAGGAAAGUGUUGAUAUGAUAUUCCCACGCGUAGAACCAAAGGAAGGGGAGAAAUACUUUGGAGAAACCGAUUACUACUUCAACAUGUCGGAAGCGCUACCAGAAGACUACUCUGUUCGCCAACGUUUGGCAAUGCGUCGUCUCGAGGAAGCUCUCUCUUGCCAGCAAAGAGAAAGAGAAGACACCAAUUUCCAGCAGCAGUGCAUUUUUUGCCGCUAUACAGCCCGUGGCAAUAGAUCGAAAAUCAUUCAUCAUCUUUACAUGAUACAUCAUCUAAAUCUAGGCUCGCCGGAUAAUCUCGUUUUUGUCACUGAAUACAUCGAACACCUCAAGGAAAAGUUGCAGAGAAAUGAGUGCAUCUAUUGUGAGAAGACUUUUGGAGAUCGCAACGUCCUCAUGGACCAUAUGAGAAAGAGAAACCAUAGAGAGGUUAACCCUAAGAAUCAUUACUAUGACAAGUUCUACAUCAUCAACUAUCUUGAACUCGGGAAACGCUGGCUCGAUGUACUUGCUGAAGACUUUGAAGAUACCAUGCCAACGUUCCUUGAUUCGGAUGAGGAAGAAGAAGAUAACUCAUGGUGUGAAUGGCAAGAAGAUAAUGUAGAUGCGGAUGAAACGAGAGUUGUAUGUCUUCUAUGCCAUGAAAGUGACGAUACCGCUGAGGGUCUCUUAGCCCAUAUGAAGGAAAAACAUGAGUUUGAUCUUAUUAAAUUGAUUGACCAGAACAGGCUUGACGUUUAUCAGCGCAUGAAACUUAUCAAUUACAUAAGAAAACAGAACUUCCAUGCGAUUUGUUUCGUUUGUCAGCGCAACGACCUCGGAAAUACCCAAGAGCUCGCCAAGCACCUGCAAGAGCAUGAAAAACCGAUUGAGAGCCUUCCGGACAAAUCGCUUUGGGAUACCGAAGAAUGCUUAGUACCUAUCUUCGGCAAUGACAACCUACUCUGGAGGCUUGAGUCUUUGUUGGAAAGCCGGGAUGGAGCAAGUGACACCGAGGAGCGUACUCGUCGCGAAAGCGAGAAAGUCUAUGCUUCAUUCGUGGCUGAAAGUCGGAAGAACACUGUGGAUGGGGUUAUUGCUGAAGAUUUACCAGAUCUGCAUGAACUCAAAGAGGACGACCUUGACGAGCUGAUGUAA